CACGGUGACGAUUGUGUCUUCUUCCAGAUGUCAUCGCUAUAAGGAGUGGGGUUUUCAUCACCUCCUUGACGUAGGAUGUGUACAUGGCUCUCCAGGUCAAAGUUGCUCCAAGCAAGGUUGUUUUGCAGAAGCUUCUUCUGUGUGUCAUCCUGUUCUACACCGUGUACUACGUGUCCCUGAGCACGGGGUGCGUGUUGUUUGAGGUGCAUGAGUUGGAUGUCCUGGCACCAUUUGAUUUCAAAACAAAUCCCUCAUGGCUCAACAUAAACUAUAAAGUUCUUUUAGUUUCAACAGAGGUCACCUACUUUGUUUGUGGAUUGCUUUUUGUUCCGGUUGUGGAAGAAUGGGUUUGGGAUUAUGCUAUUUCAGUAACUAUUCUUCAUGUUGUCAUCACCUCAACUGUUAUGUUGGAAUUCCCCUUGACAUCACAUUGGUGGGCUGCUUUAGGUAUAAUGAAAUUGUUUGUUUAGAUUCUUUAAUGCACAGAAACAACGUUAAAUAGAACAACUGUGGAAAUAUAUUUUAUUUUCUCAUAGAUUUUA